GCUUUUAUUACAGUUUACGAACAUAACAUUACGCCUUUUCCCCAUAUUACCGAAAACUAGUUUUCCGUUAUGGCUUUCAGUCGACACUUCAGUCAGAGUGUUAUAAACAUAUCCCCUGCGUUUUAUAGCAUAUUUGGCAGCACGUUCUUAUACCAAAACAUAAACAACCGCACAUUUCCUCACACGCACACCGUGGAAACUUUCGCUUUCUCAACGACAAAUAAUAAGCCAAAAGUAAAAAAAGUAUCAUCCGGUUCGGUAAUAUAUUCGUUUGCAGUUUUUUGUUUUACAAAGUGAAACUAUUGACUCUGGAAGAGUCGGUAUAGUUUGGUGUUGAAAUUUUCAAAAUCUUCCAUCAUGUCUGCGUGUCGCGUGAGAACACCGAACAAAAUCCGCUCGUUGCUUAAAGUAACUGGACUCGCUGCCGGGGUUUUUAGCGCGUACAGCGUGUGGCGAGGCGAUGAGAAAUUUUACAACAACGUGUUCAUGCCGGUUGUACGCCUCAUACCGCCGGAAACAGCACACGAUCUUGCGGUGCUUGGUGUGAAGUGGAAGCUAUUCCGUCCAUCGCACCAAGACACGGACCGACUGCGAACACAUUUCCUUGGGAUGACGUUCAGCAAUCCAAUCGGUAUAGCGGCCGGUUUCGAUAAACAUGGAGAAGCCGUCCAAGGUUUGCAGCUCAUCGGGUUCGGUUUUGUAGAAAUCGGAUCGGUAACCCCCGAACCACAGCCAGGCAAUGCGAGGCCACGUAUCUUUCGCCUGAACGAGGAUAAAGCCAUCGUCAACCGGUACGGGUUUAACAGUGAAGGACAUGAUGUGGUGUACGAUCGUUUGCGAGAAUCGCGCGAACAGGAACAUCCAGAGCAAAAGGUAAUGCUUGGUAUAAAUUUGGGCAAAAACAAACUAUCCUUGGAUGCGGUCGCUGACUACGUGCAAGGUGUAAAGCGUUUCGGCAGUUUGGCAGACUAUCUGGUGAUCAAUAUAAGCAGCCCGAAUACACCCGGAUUGCGCGCUCUGCAGAACAAAAGCACGCUGCAAACGCUGCUAACAGAGGUGCUAAAGGCACGUGCUACACUGUCGCCUAGCGAACAAAGACCGAUACUGCUAAAGCUCGCCCCGGACCUCUCGGAGGAAGAUCUCCGUGAGAUAGUGGAAGUUAUUCGAGUCAAGGCGUGUGCAGUGGAUGGACUGAUCGUUUCCAACACAACCAUCGAUCGACCACCUACGCUCAGAAGCAAUAAUGCCGGCCAGCUCGGUGGAUUGAGCGGACCUCCAUUGAAACACCGUUCGACGGCGAUGAUCGCAAAGGUGUACAAGUUGACGGAGGGAAAGAUACCGAUCAUUGGUGUGGGUGGUAUUUUUACGGGUGAAGACGCAUUUGAGAAAAUUGAGGCCGGUGCCAGUGCGGUGCAGCUGUACACGUCCUUCAUUUUCCACGGACCACCAAUAGUGCCGAAAAUUAAACGCGAACUGGAAAGUAUGCUGGAAGCGAAUGGGUACGCUAACGUGCAGGAUGCAGUUGGAAAAGGGGUGGACAAAUAUUUGUCGUGAAUGUGAUGCUCCUCAGGAAUUAGUAUAAGCUAAAAAGUGAAUCGAAAUAUAUGUUUUGUACAUAGUUGCGAAAUUCACCGGUGUUUUUUGUUUUUGUCACGGUUUGCACGAACUUUUUCACCGGGAAUUUGAAGCUCUCAACCAUGAAUUAAAUAC